AUGGAAGUUAAAAUUACAGUCACAGUAAUGGAAGAUAAUAAAGUUAAACGAGGGAACUCACUACCGCUGAAAGUUCCUGCCGCCAGCACUGCAAUGAGAUCCUAAAUGCUGCAGUACAGAAGCAUACAGCCUUUAAUAAGCAUUUCAACUCCAGACAGGCUUUUGAGGAUGGUACUGAAGUUAAAACUAUACUUGGAACUACUCCCGCUGAAGAAUUUACCCUGUGUAGAUACAAAGAGAUUUCUGGUUUCGGUUAUUCAUCUGUUCCUUCUACUUCACAACCUAUGUCGUUUCCAGACCCAUCAAUCCCGUCAACUUCGUCAAGCUAUUGUGAUGUGCAGACCACUACCUCUUCAUCAAUAAUGAAAGUCGAGUGCCCUUUGUGUUUUCAAAGUUUCCCCAUCAACCAAGUGGAAGUACAUGCAGGUGAAUGUGUGGGUUCAUUUGGUCUUGUUGAGGACAAUAGUGUAGAGGUUUGUCCUGUCAAUGACAUUUCUGACACCGAACUCUCAAUGAACGAAUCUGGAUCAAAUGAUAGCACACUCUUAAAGUGUAUCAGUGAGCGAAAGGAAAAUGGCAUAAAAUUGCAAAUGGAGAUGAUCGGAGUCACUAUUAGAAGCGAGCAAGAUACCGAUACUAUUAUCCAGAUAGAAUGUUAA